UAAUUAUAUACGGAUUAGCUGGUAAAUGUCGCUAGGGAAGCUCCCGAGACCAUGUCAAAGCCAGAAAAGGCCACAGGGGCAGACCAAGCAGUUGGCAUGGGCCUUGUUGGCUUCAGCCUCCUGUUGUUUACAUACUACACAAUAUGGGUAAUCAUUCUGCCGUUUGUGGACAGCGAUCAUGUGGCCCACCAGUAUUUUCUUCAACGGGAGUAUUCUGUCAUUCUACCUGGGAUCGCAGCAUUGAUACUGCUGCUCAGUGUAGGUACCUUCAUUGGCGUGGUCACCUGGAAGAAUCGCAAGCCUAAGAAGGUGGACUAAGAGGGAUGGUAAUCACAGAGGUUAGACAGUUGAGGAUGUAGAGCUAGAACUGAAGCCACUCUAGCUUCCAUAGAACCUCCCUGGUUCCAACAUCUUUCCAACAGUUCAGCUGAAGAAACUAAAAAUAAAGUCUGGACUGCUUCUCUGGGACAGCUGAUGAAAACAUCUAAUGACUGGAAAGACGUAAGAUUUGAAGAGCUGCUGUCCACAACCUUCUAUCCCUUAUCUCCAUUCAGACCCACUAUGUGAAAUCCUUAACCUUGCUGUUGGCAAUGCAUGGCUCCGGAUGCUAUAUUUGUCCUCAAGGUGCAUUGUCAUUUUGCCAGAGAUUAAAAUCAAUGAGUCGGUAUUCACUGUUACUGUAUGUGGUCAGAAACUAGAUCAAACCUGGCUUCAUAAUGUGGAGGGGAUAAAGAUUAGCUGAUUUUGUAGAGUGUACUAUACCUGAUCAAAGUUUCACUUUGGCAUCCCUUUUCAUCACAUCUUGGACUUAGUUUUCAGGCACUGUUUUACAUCUCAAUUUAAGAUCAAUUGGAGUGGUCACCCUUAAAGGCAGUGCUGUGUUUGAGACUACUGAGACCGAGUCAAGACCGGGAGGGAGACAAGGGGUCCAAGACUGAGACCAGAAGAAUGCGAGUCCAAUUCAAGACCAUGAUUGUAAUUCUGUCAAAAAUAAUCAUCAUCUGGUGUGUGGAACUGUGUGUUUUAUUGCAGUGCUUGCUGUUAGCCAUCUCUUUGAAAAUAACUUGUUGUGUGUGUGUGUGUGUGAAACAUUGUUGUGUUUUAAAGUGGAACUGACAGCAUUUUAGCAACAUUACAUUUGAUUAAAAUCUGUUCAGAUACACACCCAGGAAGAAUAUGACACUUUUAAAAAACAAUGUAUCCUGAAAAGAGACCACUUAGAUAUGGUCAUUUUCACAAAUUCUUAGAAUGUUUGGGAAUUCCGUAUACUAAGGCAUUUGUGAAAAUUCUACAGCAAUAUAGAUUGGGAAAGCAAAAAGUCAGUCAGUCACCUACUCUUCCAAUGAUAUGACAUACUCCUAGCAGCUAGCUAUCUAGCUAAUGUUACUGUGUUUUUAACUUGAUACGUAAAGAUACAUGCUAGCCUAUUAGCCACGCUAUGACUGACUUGUGGUCAUUGCCCUUGCUCGUUUUAUUGUAUUGAAAUUCCUCGCCGUAGUUACAUUCGUAUGUUUUUGUCCAGAUUAUUGAGUCUUUGAAACUGAAACCGUACAUCCCGAAUGGAGACACAGAACAAUGUACCAGGCCAGCUGUGAUGUACAAUCUGAUAGCCAUAUAAAUGUAUUGGUGAAUUAUAUUAAUCAUGAAUUGAACUGCAUCCAUCUAUUCAGCCAACAAUGCCUUAGUGUAUGGCAUGGUACGUUGAGUCAAAUAGAACCUAUUUUUUAAACCUCUUAUAAAGAUGGUUUCGUAGCAUAAACUGGGAAUUUGAUAUUUUUGACAGAUUUUAUGAUGGUCUGUUUCAUAUCUGCGAAGUAGUUAAAACGCUGUCAGUUCCACUGUAGGUCACUGGUUACUUUGUAUGCAAACAUGAAAUGUUUUUUGCAAAGGGAAGUAAUAGUUGCACAUUUCAAAUAGGAAAUGCUUAAUGGUUGUUUUUAUAUUCUUGUGACUGGGACCUACUGGCUUAUUAUGUCUGGGUUUAUGGACUGCUUAUCCUUUAACAUUUUAUUUAACAGUUAACUAGGCAAGUCAGUUAAGGACAAAUUCUUAUUUUCAAUGACUGCCUAGGAACAGUGGGUUAACUGCCUUGUUCAGGGGCAGAACGACAGAUUUGUACCUUGCCAGCUCGGGGAUUCAAUCUCGCAACCUUUCGGUUACUAGUCCAACAUUCGAACCACUAGGCUACAUGCCACCCUCUCAUACUGUGUGUGACUGGUGUCUUUCCAUUGUGCCUAUGCCGUGGUGUAGUGGUGCCUGGAGAAGUGGGUAUACUCUAAUUUGGCAAAAAAGUUCACAAAGGAAAGGCACCCUGUGUGAAAAUGUCUUUUUGUAAUGCAUUUCCCUUGCACAUUUUGGGAUUUUCACUCAAAAUCACAUUUUUUAUGUAUAAAUAAAUUGAUGGUCUAAGUCCACAACAAUGCUGAAA